UAUACAAGCACAGUUACACACUGACUGAGCCUUCGUCCACUCAUGUCUGCUCUCUUCUGACUGUCUUCAGAACCCAACUAAUCUGACAGAAUGCUUUUCGUUGCGUUUCUUGCACUCCUGGCAGUUUGUGCUGCAUCUGAGGUCGGGCCUCAAUACUCAUUCUCCCCACCGGUGGGGUCAGGAACUGGCAGCCCAUACACCAUCACUGGAGAGGGAAGGAUCACUGCCAUAAGAGUAUGGGAAAACUACAAUGGCUACAUCCGAGGCAUCCAGUUCCGAUACGGCUUUGUCUGGUCUCCCGUUGUUGGUUAUAUUCAUGGAACUACCCAAGAAAUAGAGUUGUAUGAAGGUGAAGCCAUCGUACAGGUGUCUGGGAAGUACGUUCAGUAUCUGGAUUCUGUGGUCUUCACCACCAACCAGGGCCGCUCCUUGUAUGCGGGCAAGCCUGCAGGUCACUCCUUCAACAUGUACCCUGAACACAGAGGGGCAGAACUGGUUUUCAUCAGCGGUUGGGUGCAUGUAGGCAUCAGCUCCCUUGGGACUCACUGGGCUGUUCUUAAUCCAUCCUUCAACAGCACAGCUGGACACUAAAGAGCAGGGAUCUGGCUUUAAAUGAGAAAGCCACUUCACUAUAUUCACAAAAUGAUCAUUUACAUUGUUUGUUUGUUUGUCUCUGUCGAAUUAAAUAAAUAAAUACAACUACAAUGA